AUGCCAGACUUUCCUUUUGUUGAUAAUGAUAACAGUGUAGUCAUUACUCGAAAAGACUGUCCUAGGAGAGAUGACUGCUGUAUUUAUGACUUUACUUUGGUACUUAAAAAUCUAACUAGCAACGAUUUAGGCAAUUACAGUUUUUUAUUUGCUGGUCACAACUGUGGAUGUAUAUUGUCAAGUCAAUCAUUUGUCGAUUUAGAAGCUCGAGAAUGUGUUAAUAAUGGUAUAGUUAAUAGCUCACUGCAAGAUAACUCUCCAAAAGUAGGACUUCAAUGUAUAGCGAGUGGAAACCCAAGACCGACAAUCACUUGGAUAAGAUCUUAUCAUGGCAGAAUCGAAAACUUUAUACCCAAAUCAAAUUAUACUACUAUUGAGACUAUCAAUCAAACUAUUCGUAGUACUCUAAUCCUUGAUCGAACUCAACCUGAACAGACUGGAAAUUUUUCAUGUGCAUCUAAAAAUCUCUGCGGAUUUAUACGAUCCAAGUCGACCUGGAAUGUUGCACCACCUCAAGUCGACAAACCAAGUAAUUUACCUAUUGCUCUGCUUGGCUUAUUUACCGCUGCUAUUGUGUUUCUAGCAGUCAUUAGCAGAUCGGUUUAUAGAAUAACUAUCGUAAGAAGAAAGAAAGAAUUAGUCCGUCAAGUUACUCCUAGUCGUCAAAAUAUUCUAAUUGCAUGUCACGGCCCGAUUCCAAGUCCAGUCACCGAGUUAGUCGAUAAUUCCUUACAGGAUAUCUCAUUCGACGGUCGGACGUGGGAAAUCAAUAAUAUUAAUGGAAAGACAUACGAACUAGAAGUCUAUUAUGAAAAGAUUCAAUACUUUAACUUGAUAAUAUUAAUACUUAUGGACGACAAUGUCACUCGAUCCGAUAGUCACAAUUUCAAUCAUUAUUUGCGUAGUAUUAUCAAUAAGUGUAUUAUCGAUGAGAGAGCAAUCAUAGCAAUUUCUGUGAAUCGUCCUCAAAAUUUUUCUUAUCUACUGGAUGAAAUCGAAUAUCUAGAAUGGACUGAUGACAUGAAUGUAAAUUUACAAAUUGAAUUUCAUGAAAGAUUAGAGGAAACUUUACAUUAUUUCACCGACUCAGCACAAUUUGACAGAACUUCCUAUCAUAAUGGCGAUGAUCGUUCUCCACUACUAUAG